AGUGAAAGAUAUAAAUGUAAUUAUUGUUCACACAGGGUUCACAGAUAACACACUUGCUAUUCGAGUGCAUUUUGAUAUUUUUACUGGACCAAAAAUUGUAAUUUUCAUUUCAUCGCGACUUGUUUUAUUGAGUAAAAUUAUAGUAAAUAUACACGUAAAUAAUAGGUUCUCGAUGGCUUUCAACUAUGUUUCUUGUACGGCACGUUAAAUAAUUACUGUCAAAUGGACUUGGUCAGAAUUAAUUGAUUAAUCAAAAACACCGUUAUAUGCUGAAAAAGAUGAUAAAUUUACGAAAGUUCAUCGAUAUAGGUGCAAAUUUAACAGACCCUAUGUACCAGGGGAUUUAUCACGAAACCCAGAAACAUCAACCGGAUCUAGAUAAAGUUUUAAAACGAAGUUGGGAAAAUAAUCUGUCAAAAAUUAUAAUCACCGCUGGCAGUGUCAAUGAAAGUAGAAAAGCCUUAGAAAUUGCCAGGACGGAUGAGAGAUUAUUUUCGACAGUCGGCUGCCAUCCGACUCGAUGCAAUGAAUUUGAGGAAUCCGGAGAUCCUGAAGCGUAUCUCAGUUCACUCCUGGAGAUAGCAAUAAACAAUAAGGACAAAAUAGUGGCAGUGGGAGAAAUGGGUCUGGAUUACGAUAGAAUUCAAUUUUGCCCCAAAGACAUACAAAAAAAGUAUUUUGAGAUGCAACUUUCUCUUUGCUCCACAUUGAAAUUACCCAUGUUCCUUCACUGCCGAAAUGCUGCCGAAGAUUUUGUUGGAAUACUCCGAAAGCACAAGGAUAAAAAAUUGUCCGGCGUUGUUCAUUCUUUCGAUGGAAACACGGAGGACUGUUACAGUUUACUUCAAUUAGGACUUUAUAUCGGUAUUAAUGGAUGUUCGCUAAAAACGGAGGAAAAUCUAUGCGUGAUCACUACAAUUCCAUCCGAUCGACUGAUAAUCGAAACAGAUUGCCCCUGGUGUGAAUGUAGGCCAACUCACGCCUCAUUCAAAGACGUUGUCACCCGGUUCCCCUCAGUGAAAAAGGAAAAAUGGCAACCAGAUAAAAUGGUCAAAGGACGAAACGAACCUUGCACCAUAGUACAAAUUUUAGAAGUGUUGGCGAGUCUCAGGGACGAGGAAGAGGAAUAUCUUUGCAAUCAAAUUUAUAAAAAUACAAUGAAGCUCUUCUUCCCGUAUGAGCUUUAAAGAAAAAAAAAAAAGAUUUUCAAUCGCCGAGUACUACACUUAUUUUCGAGCAUUUAUAUAUAAAUAUAUACGCGCUAAGACUGUGUUUUGUGAAAGUGUCAAGAGAGAGAGAAAGAGAGAGAAAACGAAAAAUAUUUUAAAAAAAUACUAUCUGUGACAAAUGAAAACUUUUGCAGUACAUAUAUAUAUAUAUACAACACACGUGUGAGAAUUUGUGACCACUGUCACGAGCAUUCCUUCGAUCUCCUUUAUAUAAGAAACUAAUUCUUGUUAAAACCAUGAUCGGUCAUAUUUCUUAUAAAUUAAUACUUUACUAUUGCUACAAA